AUGGUUGCCACUAAGUUUGUUCUUUCUUCUGCUCUCUUGGCUAUGCUUGUUUCAGCUGCCGCUAACGAGCGUCGUGACCAAUACAACCCUGUCGACGUCAUUGUUAACGGUGCCAAGUCCGGUAUGAUCAACGCCCGCCAACAGGUUGAAUCUCUUGUUCGUGGAUUCCAAAGCAAUGACGGCCACCCCACUGCCGACGCUGUUAAGGCUUUCAUCACCGGUCUCGAUGGUCAGAUUGAUAACUCAAUUGGCGUUGUAGCCGAUCUCUUGAGUCCCGUCACCUUUGGUGCUUCCAAGGCAGUUGAGGGUGCCAUUCUUGGACCUUUCUUUCAAUCUCUCACAGAUGGUACUGAAGUCGCCAUCUCCAACUUGGUUGGCAUGCCUAUUGAUGCUGUUCUUGGUGGCUCUAUCCAGUCUCUUGCAAACAACAUGAAUAAGUUGGUUGGCCAGGCCCAGCAGCUCCAGGUUGACCAGAAGAUUGUCAGCAACAUGGCUCGUACGCAGCAGCGCCUUGCUGCCAGAGUCCCCAAAGGUUCUCACCAUAAGCGUGACGUUGGUGUCAUGGAGGGUGUUACCUCCACUGUCAACACUGCCAGCCAGAGCAUUGACACUCUUGUUAGCCAACUCCAAGCCCAAGGCCAGCAUGCUAGCCCUGCUGCCAUCUCUGCUGUCAUUGCUGGUAUUGAUGCCCAGAUUGACAAUGCUGUUGGCAAUGUCAACAACUUGCUUUCUCCCUACGCUAACAGCCUUUCUUCCACCGUCUCUGGUGUUCUCCUUAACAACUUCUUCCAGUCCAUUACCUCCGGCUCUGAAGUUGUUCUCCUCAACAUUGGCACUGGCCCUGCUGACGCUUCCUUGUCUGCUUCGCUCAACAGCUUUGCCAGAUCUAUGAAGAACGCUGCUGACUUUGCUGGCAAGUACAAUCUCCAGGAUCAACAGACCCAGCUCAUCAACAUUAACCACAGAAUCCACCUUCUCAUUAAGCAGUAA